AAUGAAUGGGCGAGAACCUAUUGCAAUGAUGGACAGAAUGCGUGCUCAUGAAUUACCUCAAAUGCAGGUUGGCUUUAUGAGAGGUAUUUGUAUUCCUUGUUAUGAAUUGUUGGCGGAUGUUAUUCCCGAAGCAGAAAAACUUAGGGAACGUUCAAGAUGUAAUGCAAAUAAAUGGGAGGAAAUGUCCGAAGAACAAAAACGUGUACGAAAUAAUGAAGUUAUAAAUACUGAAUUAACUAGAAAAAUGGCAGAGGAGGAAGAAGAAGAAACUGCUCUGGGAAAUGGAGAUUAA